AUGACCCUUUUAGCGUCUUUCCACUGCAAAGACGAACACCACGUGGUCAUAGGUGCUCUUGCGCCCGUGGCCCUGCUUCGAGCGAAAGCCAUCAUCGCCGCUGGCGCUUUCCCCAUACUUAUUGAUAACGCACCCCUCGAUGAGCUCUCCAAAACCCUUCAGGGACUUAUAGAAGAAGGAAAAGUUGAAUAUCACAAUGAAGAGUACUCAAAAAGACUUCUAACCAGCUUGGGAAGAAGUGAAGUGGACCUGGUCGUGGACAAGGUGUUUGUCACGUUGUACCAGAGUGAGCAGGAGCUCAAGGAGCAGAUUUCCGCUGACUGCAAAAGGCUAAGAAUCCCAGUUAACGUUUCUGACUCUCCUGAGCUCUGCAGCUUUACUCUUUUGUCGACACACAGCUCUGGAAGUUUCCACUUUGGGGUGACAACCUCAGGAAAAGGAUGCAAAUUGGCCCUGAGAAUCAAGCGAGAACUCGUGGGUGCUCUUCCAGGAAACAUUGAUCAAAUAUGUGAUAGGGUAGGUGAGUUGAGGCGUCAGAUUCAGCAGGAGGACGCCUUGGAAGAGGUGGGCGGCCACGAUGACGAUGCCAUCACCACAUCCAACCUUAACUCGCUUGUGAAGGAAUUCAACAUGACCAAACAGCAGCAGAUCACUCAGAGAUCCCGCUGGCUUUCUCAAAUUGUGGAGUAUUACCCUCUUCUGAGACUUGCAGAGAUUUCAAUCGAGGACUUGAAGGAGCAGUAUAGACUUGACAAAGAAGAAGGUUUCAAGAAAAAGCAGAAACUACAACGGAAAGGAACAAUUAGUCUUGUUGGGUCCGGUCCCGGAUCUGUACUGAUGCUUACGCUUGGGGCGUUGCAGGAGAUCCAUUCCGCAGACUUGAUUCUAGCAGACAAGCUUGUACCGCAGCAGGUGCUCGACCUCAUCCCCAAGAAGAGCACCAGAUUAUUUAUUGCAAGAAAAUUCCCGGGAAACGCAGAGCGUGCACAACAGGAGCUUCUUGAGAUUGGCCUUGAAGCGCUUCAAAAUGGCGAAAAGGUGGUUCGUUUGAAGCAAGGCGACCCCUAUAUCUUUGGCAGAGGCGGCGAGGAGUUCAACUUCUUUACAAAACACGGAUACCCUCCUCUCGUGUUGCCCGGGAUCACAUCUGCGCUAGCAGCACCGGUGUUUUCUAACAUUCCAGCCACUCACCGUGAAGUGGCCGACCAAGUUUUGAUCUGUACUGGCACAGGGAGACGCGGGGCGUUACCCAACUUGCCAGACUUUGUUGAAUCCCGAACAACAGUUUUUCUUAUGGCAUUGCACAGAAUUGUGGACCUCAUACCGCACUUGAUCAGCGAGAAGAACUGGAGACCCAAUUUGCCAGUGGCCAUUGUCGAACGGGCGUCUUGCCCUGAUCAGAGAGUGAUCAGAACGACGUUAGAGAAAGCUGCAACAGCCGUGGAGGCGCUUGGGUCGAGGCCACCGGGAUUGUUCAUUGCUGGAAACGCUUGCAACGUUUUGCAAGAGAAGGGAGACGAAGAUUGGGUAGUGGAGGAAGGCCACCAGGAACCAAAGUUGGAAGGUAUCUUGCAGCAGUUGGGACAUCAAGUCGAACAAGAAAGGGCCCAGUCGGCUAACCUUGAAGCGUGCCCUCAAGUUUCUGUUACCGCCAAGUGA